AUGAAAGCGGAAGCUAAUAGGAUACAGAGUUUAUCUGUAGCUAAUUUAAUUUAUGCCAAUGUUCUCUACAAUAAAUACACUGUAUUCCACGACAAUGAGGAUGCCUUCAACUAUCUGGUUGACUUACAAACAGAAUCCGCAGAGCUGGAUUUCUGGCUGCUCACACGCAAUAUGUCCGUCGUGGCAGUUUCACCUUCAGAUCAGCCAAUAUUUGAAGCAAGACUCAACACAUUGAAUGCGCAAUAUGUAGCCAAGCCAUUGAUGGAGGAGAUGUCAGCGUUCAAUGAAACAUUUACUACAGACUGUUUGGGCUCCGAAUGUGAACUGAAUCGGCCACGAAGACAAGCACGCGGCUUUUUCUCGCACUUCCCACGCUACUCAGAGAUUUUAAAUUUCAUGAGCGCUUUGGCUGCCCGUCAUCCGCAAUAUUGCCGCUACGAAUCGCUGGGUCGCUCUUUUGAAGGCCGACACAUUGCGGCGCUCUCCAUUUCGCUGAACAGUCGCGUACGUGAUCGUCGUGUUGCCUAUAUUCAGGCGGCAACCCAUGGACGUGAGUGGAUUACACCAUUAACUGUACUCUAUUUAGCCAAUGAGUUGUUAAAUAAUUUGCGUGCCUUCCAACGUGUACUGCAGGAUGUGGAGGUAUUUCUGGUGCCGUUGGUAAAUCCUGAUGGCUAUGAGUAUUCGUUCACAAAGGAUCGGUUUUGGCGCAAGAAUCGCCAUCGCUACCCGGGUCGCUCGUGUGCUGGCGUAGACAUUAAUCGCAACUUCCCUAACAACUGGAACUAUAAUGGCGCCAGCCAAAAUCUCUGUUCCGAGGUUUACUCCGGCACUGGUCCCACCUCCGAGUCCGAAACAGCUGCUAUUGCACGCUAUUUAGAAUACAAUCGUAAUCGUAUAAAACUCAGUUUGGAUGUGCAUUCAUUUGGAAAGUUCUUGUUCUAUCCUUACGGCUAUUCGAAAAAUGUUGUCGCUCCCACGCGCAACUUGCUACAUUCGGUUGCGCAACGCGCCGCCAAUCAAAUUGCGAAAUAUCGUGGCACCCAAUACAGCGUCGGCACUUCAGCUGGCAUUCUUUAUGAGGCUUCUGGCGGUCUGGAUGAUUAUGCUUAUGGCAAUUUGGGUAUACCCAUGUCCUUCACGGUCGAGUUGCCUGGUGAGAACUUCCAAGUGGCCACCUCUGAUAUCAUUCACAUUUGCAAGGAGACAUUCGCUGGUUUCGUCGAAUUUAUUCGACACGUUAGCUUGUAUUAGUGCAAAUGCCUUCAUCUAGAUAUGUAUCUACAUACAUACUAAGU